GGGACCCUCCUGCGUGUGAUGAUGUCAUCUGCCAUGACCUUCCAGCAGCCACCGCAGCGGCGGCGGCGGUUGCCGCCGACGGCGAUACCCCAAUCCCCCACCGUCAUCACCAUCCACACCCUCGGCGACGACCUCCUCCUAGACAUCUUCCUCCGCCUCCCCUCGCUCCCGAGCCUCGUCCGCGCCGCGCUCGCCUGCCGCUCCUUCCUCGCCGCCGUCCGCUCCUCCCCGGCCUUCCGCCGCCGCUUCCGCGCGCUCCACCCGCCCCCUCUCGUCGGAUUCUUCUUCGAAACUGACGGCUGCGACCUCCCCUCCUUCUCGCCCGUCCGCCGCCGCUCCGACGCGGAUCUCGCCGCGGCCGUCCGCGGCGCCGACGUCUUCCUCACCCGUCUGCCCUACCACGAAGACGCCUACCCGGGGUGGGACAUCGUGGACUGCCACGGCGGAUGCCUCCUCCUCCACAACAGCGAGACCGCGCAGAUCGCCGCGUAUAACCCCCUCACGCGAGCUCUGCAUCUCCUCCCCACGCCGCCCGACGAGAUCUCCAAAGGUCACCUAGGCAAGUUUCAACAACGCCUGGAUUUCUUCUUGUUCUUAUCCGAAGAGAACCCUGGUUCGUUCCGGGUGAUCUCCUUAUUCCACGACAAGUCGCGGGUGCGCGCGAUCGUCUACUCGUCGGGCGCUAGGGAGUGGCGAAUUCUCCCCUGGUCGGAGGCCGCGCCGGCACAGCCGUCGGGCAAGAAGCACUGGCUUAACAUGGGCAGGAGGGCAAAUGGGAACCUGUACUGGUCACACAGGAAACAGGCCAACAUGGUAGUGCUGGACACCACGGCGAUGCAAUUCUCUUUCAUGGCUCUGCCGGAUUUCUUGAAGGGGCAAAGUCGCAUCUACAAGAUUGGAGAGACCAAGGAUGGGAAGUUGUGCUUGGUCUUCACAGUGGGAUUCACGCUGUUCAUUUCAUUAUGGAGAGUAGAUAAUGAUGGUGUUGAGAGGUGGAUAAUUGAUGAUAAGUUCCUGCUGGAGGAAGAGAUUCUUCAGGCUACCAAGGGCACACGGGAUGAUGAUGAUGAGCUCGAACUCCAAGUCUGGUUUGUUAUGGACGGCAUUGUGUAUUUGUCGCCUUUGAUCUGUGGAGAUACUCAUUCACCUUGUUGGUUCUUAUCCUUCUGCCCGGAAACAAGGAAACUGGAGAAGUUAUGUCAUAGGACAUUUGACAACAGUCACUUUCCCUACAUCAUGGCAUGGCCUCCUUCUUUGGUAGGCACCGAUUUGAGCCCUUGAUCCUGGAGGUGUUUUAGAAGGGCAUGUCUGGUGCAUCGUUAGAGCCUACCGUCUAUAACCGGAAGGUCCCAGGUUCGAGCCCUAGCCUUUGCACAUUUGUGCGGGAAAGGCUUGGUGCUUAAAACAACCAUUUCCUAGACCCCGCGCAGCGCUGGAAGCCUACGGCACUGGGUACGCCCUUUUUUAAUCCUGGAGGUGUUUUAUGAACUGUGGAAUUGGUAUAAUAAACAUAGGAGGAAGGUGGAAACUGAACUGUUACACCUAUAUAUUGUCCUAUUAUCUUAAGUUAUCAGCCAUUGUUUUUACUUUAUCUAUAUAUAUGUAGUCCUGUUUGAACUUUUGAAUAAUAUAAGUAUACCAAGGUAUAUUUUAGAAGUGAUUA